CCCAGGACCGAACAGCACAGACACCGGAGCCCCGUCGUCCAGCUUCAGCGUCAGCAAAUCUCCGUGACAAAACCGCAGCGACAACAUGCGUGAGAUCGUGCACCUGCAGGCCGGGCAGUGCGGGAACCAGAUUGGAGCGAAGUUCUGGGAGGUGAUCAGUGAUGAGCACGGCAUCGACCCAACAGGAACCUACCAUGGAGACAGCGACUUGCAGCUGGACAGAAUCAAUGUCUACUACAAUGAGGCUUCAGGUGGAAAGUACGUACCAAGGGCCAUCUUAGUAGAUCUGGAGCCAGGCACCAUGGACUCUGUCCGCUCCGGUCCCUUCGGACAGAUCUUCAGACCAGACAACUUUGUCUUUGGUCAGAGUGGAGCAGGUAACAACUGGGCAAAGGGCCACUACACAGAAGGAGCCGAGCUGGUGGACUCAGUCCUGGAUGUGGUGAGGAAGGAGGCUGAGAGCUGCGACUGUCUUCAGGGUUUCCAGCUAACGCACUCCCUGGGAGGAGGCACCGGCUCCGGUAUGGGAACUCUGCUCAUCAGCAAGAUCCGUGAGGAGUACCCUGACCGUAUCAUGAACACCUUCAGUGUGGUGCCCUCUCCUAAGGUGUCAGACACGGUGGUGGAGCCCUACAACGCCACUCUGUCCGUCCACCAGCUGGUGGAGAACACAGACGAGACUUACUGCAUCGACAACGAGGCCCUGUAUGACAUCUGCUUCCGCACUCUUAAACUGACCACACCCACUUACGGCGAUCUCAACCACCUGGUUUCCGCCACCAUGAGCGGUGUGACAACGUGCCUGCGCUUCCCAGGCCAGCUCAACGCCGACCUCCGCAAACUGGCCGUCAACAUGGUCCCCUUCCCCCGUCUGCACUUCUUCAUGCCCGGCUUCGCUCCGCUCACCAGCCGGGGCAGCCAGCAAUACAGAGCGCUCUCUGUGCCCGAACUCACUCAGCAGAUGUUCGACGCCAAGAACAUGAUGGCCGCCUGUGACCCUCGCCACGGACGCUACCUGACCGUGGCCGCCGUGUUCCGCGGCCGCAUGUCCAUGAAGGAGGUGGACGAGCAGAUGCUGAACGUGCAGAACAAGAACAGCAGCUACUUCGUGGAGUGGAUCCCCAACAACGUCAAGACGGCCGUGUGUGACAUCCCGCCUCGUGGGCUCAAGAUGGCCGCCACGUUCAUCGGCAACAGCACGGCCAUCCAGGAGCUGUUCAAGCGCAUCUCCGAGCAGUUCACCGCCAUGUUCCGCCGCAAGGCCUUCCUCCACUGGUACACCGGAGAGGGCAUGGAUGAGAUGGAGUUCACCGAGGCGGAGAGCAACAUGAACGACUUGGUGUCCGAGUACCAGCAGUACCAGGACGCCACGGCCGAGGAGGGAGAGUUCGAAGAGGAGGGCGAGGAAGAGGUGGCCUGAGGCUAAAAUCACUCAUCAUUUCUCAUCGUCACAUCUCCAUCCAUCCACUUAUUUCACCCCUACUCUGCUCUCUGUCUCUGAUUUUUUUAACACCACUAUCCCUUCCCUCUUCUCUUAUAUUUCUUUCCUCUUCAUUUGCCCCUUUUUUCUCUUUUCUCUCUCUUCUUUUUUUCUCUUGACAGUCCCCUUUCCGGCCAGAGUAGGAUUCACACUCCAAGCACUAAACCGACCCUCCCAUGUCAGUGCUCUUAGAGGUAGCUAACACAGCUGUGCUCGUGGUCUUUUGUCAGUAGCUUUUUGUUAAUGUUCAUUAAUCGCCAUCGGAUAAGCAGUUCCAUACCUGGGCCAAGUAUUCAAUUCAUGCAGAUUUUAUCACUUGUCUAAUUUGGCACUGAUUGAAAUAAAUUUGUUGGAAAAAAUGUC